AUGUGGUUCAAGGGCCAGAACAAGAUUUUCUCCAAUGGUGAAGCAAGCAUAAAAGGAAACACUCUCACACUCUCAGUUCAGUCCAGUCAUGACGGGGUGUAUGUGUGUCAAGCUGAGCUGCAGGACAGAAAGGUGACGACUGCAAAAAGUACAUCGCAUUCGAUAACAGUCCAUGAACUGCCUCAGCCAAAAUUGUCAGUAGAGUCUCAAUGGAAUAUAUUUUACCCAACUGAGAAAGUGACUCUGAAGUGUUCAGUCGAUGAAGAUUCAAAUAAAUGGGGCUAUGAAUGGUUUAGAAACAGAGCUCAGCUUCUCAAGGAUGAGGACAUUUCCUUUCCUGGAAACACUCUCUCCAUCAGCUCAGCUAAAGCUGGUCAUUCAGGACUGUUCACCUGCAGAGGAAGACAUCUGACGAGAACAGCAGUGACUACUAGACAAACUGAAGCUGUUCAACUUCAUAUUCAUGGUGAUACACCAAAACCAACCAUUACAAAACCUGAGUGGUUUGAACCCUUCUACAGUAAUGAGCGAGUCCAGCUUAAUUGUAACAUGCCAGGAGUUGGUUGGGAAUACCACUGGUAUAAAGACUUAAAACUUCAGAUCACGAAUCCAGAAUUGACCAUCGCCUCAGUAUCUGUCACUGACACUGGUGACUAUCACUGCAAAGCACAGAGAGGAGACUUCUCAGUGGACAGUGAGACUCUACAAGUGCGAGUUCAAGAACCACCUAAACCACAAAUCCAGUCUGAUUGGACAGAAGCGUUUCAUGGUGAAAAAGUCUCUUUGCAGUGUGACAUUCAAGAUUCAAAAAAAUGGAAUUAUAUGUGGUUCAAGGGCAAGAACAAGAUUUUCUCCAAUGGUGAAGCAAGCAUAAAAGGAAACACUCUCACACUCUCAGUUCAGUCCAGUCAUGACGAGGCGUAUGUGUGUCGAGCUGAGCUACAGGACAGAAAGGUGACGACUGCAAAAAGUACAUCGCAUUCGAUAACAGUCCAUGAACUGCCUCAGCCAAAAUUGUCAGUAGAGUCUCAAUGGAAUAUAUUUUACCCAACUGAGAAAGUGACUCUGAAGUGUUCAGUCGAUGAAGAUUCAAAUAAAUGGGGCUAUGAAUGGUUUAGAAACGGAGCUCAGCUUCUCAAGGAUAAGGACAUUUCCUUUCCUGGAAACACUCUCUCCAUCAGCUCAGCUAAAGCUGGUCAUUCAGGACUGUUCACCUGCAGAGGAAGACAUCUGACGAGAACAGCAGUGACUACUAGACAAACUGAAGCUGUUCAACUUCAUAUUCAUGACAUAACCCCAAAAGCAGCCAUUACAAAACAUGAGUGGUUUGAGUUGUUCUACACUGAGGAACGAGUCCAGCUUCAUUGUAAUUUGUCAGGAGUUGGUUGGGAAUACCAUUGGCAUAAAGACUCAAAUCCUCUGAUCACAAAUCCAGAAUUGACCAUCGACUCAGUAUCUGUCACUGACACUGGUGACUAUCACUGCAAAGUACAGAGAGGAGACUUCUCAUUGGACAGUGAGACUCUACAAGUGCAAGUUGAAGCUCGUCCACCUGCAUUCCUGAGUCUGGAGACUGAACUGAGUGACAUUAUGACUGGUGAUAUGACUCUGAGGUGUAACGUCUCAGACAGCAGGCAGUGGAACUACACCUGGUUCAUGAACGGACAGCAGCUCAAUGGAUCCUCAGAUGUACUCAAAGUGACAGGAAAUGAAGAAACAAUCAAAAGUGAAUUCAAGUGCAAGGGAAUUAACACAGUGAGACCGCUGUACUCCGCUCUGAGUGACGGCUUCAUAGCCAAUAAUAUUAUAUUCAAAAGAAAAAUACUGCUGGCCAUCUCAGGAUGUCUCCUCUGCUGUAUUGUAAUCCUGAUCAUUGGAUGCAUCGUUCUAAAAAUCACCCGUAAACCAGAGGUCAAAGAAGCAGCACCAGAGGACUUGUUUUUCUCAAUGACAGACUCGAAGAACCAAACUUCUUCACCCAUGAAGGAGUACAUGAACAACAGACCAACAGAGCUGGAGGGAUGUCAGGAAAAAGAAGAACUGAUCACUGGUCAUGCUUCAGCCGUUCAUGAGGAUGGUGUGAUUAAAGAGGUCAAAGAAGCAGCACCAGAGGACUUGUUUUUCUCAAUGACAGACUCGAAGAACCAAACUUCUUCACCCAUGAAGGAGUACAUGAACAACAGACCAACAGAGCUGGAGGGAUGUCAGGAAAAAGAAGAACUGAUCACUGGUCAUGCUUCAGCCGUUCAUGAGGAUGGUGUGAUUAAAGGUAAGAGACCUUAG